CUGCCCUACAUAUCUCCCACAGCCAGAGUUAAAUGGUGUUUUUUUUUUUGUCUACUAAUGCUGGUGGCAUUUGUUUUGCUUCUUUCUCUAGAGUAACUCAAAAUAUGAGGCUGGAUCAGAAGUCUGGCACAUCUGGAGAAGGAACUGCUUGGCAAUGGUGGCAACAGAUCCCUCUUUUUGGAGACGGAUUCGGCUGGAGCUGCCUCUCUUUCUCAGAUGUGUGUGCAGCGACCUAGGACAGAUGAGUUUUGUGGUACACCUCCAUCCCACAGCCAUGUCCUGCUACGAUCUGUGCCGUCCCUGUGGCCCGACCCCGCUGGCCAACAGCUGCAACGAACCCUGUGUGCGGCAGUGCCAGGACUCCCGUGUGGUGAUCCAGCCCUCUCCUGUGGUGGUGACCCUGCCUGGUCCCAUCCUCAGCUCCUUCCCCCAGAACACUGCUGUGGGAUCCAGCACCUCUGCUGCUGUUGGCAGCAUCCUUAGCCAGGAGGGAGUGCCUAUCUCUUCUGGGGGCUUUGGCUUCUCUGGCCUGGGUGGCCGGUUCUCUGGCAGGAGGUGCCUGCCCUGCUAAAGCUGGGGUGGACAUCCUCUGAACACAUCCCAGUGAUGCUUGAAGCCAGGCACCAGACUGAGGAUGUAGCUGCU